AUGCAAAGUUUUUUGAUCGGUCGCUCCCAAAUCGUCCACGUCGGUGACAGGCAGUCGGCGGAGGUAGCGGUUGAAAGCGGUGUUCCACGAGGCUCCGUUCUUGGCCCUACCCUAUUCAUUAUAUACGUCAACGACUGCGUCAGCGAACUGAAUUGUGAUGUCGCCAUGUUCGCUGAUGAUGUUAAACUUUGGAGCGUCAUCCGAACUGAAUUUGACGAAGAGCGCUUGCAGGCAGACCUGACCCGACUCGAGAAGUGGUCACAGGACUGGCUGUUGCCGUUUAAUGUGACUAAGUGUAAUGUCCUGCGAGUCGGCAGGACACGAUCUCUGAACCGGAGGGUUUACCACCUAAACGGCGUACCAUUGCAGGAGGUAGACGCCCAGAAAGACUUGGGGGUGUGGGUAACGGCUUCUCUAAAACCGUCGCUUCACUGCUCCAAGGUAGCCAAGUCUGCGAUGUCAGUCCUUUAUCUUGUCAAGAGAGCUUUCUCUACCUUCGAUGAGGACUGCUUCGUUAAAGUCUUUCGGACUUUCGUACGGCCACAGCUAGAGUUCGCCAUUCAGGCGUGGAAACCAUGGACCACUAAAGAUCUCAGCAUCCUCGAGAAAGUUCAGAGGUGGGCAACCAAACUCGUAGGUGGACAGGGUUCACUACCCUAUGAAACCCGAUUGUCCAAUCUCGGCCUCUUUCCACUGAGUUACAGACAGCUAAGAGGCGACCUUAUACAAACAUUCCGUAUACUGCGCGGCCAGGACUGCUGUCUCGUACCUACUGAUUUCUUUGAGUUAGCGACCACAACGAACCUCCGAGGUCAUCCACUUAAACUACGAGUAACUGGCGCCAAGCUGGACACUCGGAAGUUCUUCUUUUCAAACAGAGUGAUCGAGGCCUGGAAUGAUCUGCCUGCAGGAGUCGUCAUGUCCACCUCCGUCGAGGCUUUUAAGCGCAACUUGGACCAGAUUGCCACCAAUCGUCACAAUGCCACCUGA